GCUUGUCUGCGUCGACUGCGUGUGGUUAACCGUUAAGCGACUUAAGUAAUCGCUCGCGCUUUAAGUGUGCUCCUUUUACUGCUAAGUCUGCUAAGUUUACUAAGUUUUCCGCUCGUAGUAGUGUCGAUCAUCUGCAACUGUUAGUGCUUCUCAGUGAUAGUGAUUAAAAGUUUUUGGUCUCCUCACUUCUUGGUGUGACCCACGUAAUAUCGUAUUUGAGCUCUCCUGUACACACCAGGACCGUCAAAUUAUUCAGUGAUUUUUUUUUCUGAGCUUCACACACUCAAUAUUAUUCAAUUGAAAUGGCUUUGCUACCGUACUUGUUGGAAGAGCUGAACCGACCAACCAUCUACGAUCAGAACUUUGGUCUAGGAUUGUUCAAUGAUGAUUUCCCGUCUGCUGUUGGAUCUCUGCGCCCUUACUACCUGAGACCAUGGAGACUGUUUCCCCACGAUGAAAGUGGCAUUUCUUCAGUACAGCAUGACAAAGAUGGAUUUAAGGUGAAUUUAGACGUACAGCAAUUCAAGCCAGAGGAGGUCAACGUGAAAAUAGCUGACAACUAUGUCAUCGUCAACGCUAAACAUGAAGAGCGUAGUGAUGAACAUGGCUUCAUUUCACGAGAAUUCACCCGCCGUUACCUUCUGCCAAAAGACGUAAACGCUGAGGCCUUGACUUCAUCUCUCUCUUCCGACGGAGUUCUUUCCAUCCAGGCUCCACCAAAGGCAAUCACCAACGAUAAGGGAAAUGAGCGUCAAAUUCCAGUCACCAAAACCAACGCCCCAGCAAUCAAACAACAACAACAACAACAGAAGAAGUAAAUUAUCGUGAAUGACAUUUACUCUCAUCUCAAGUAUUUAUUUUUACGUCAUCUUUCUAAGGUGAAUAUCUCUUACAUUUUUAAUGUUACUGUGUAACCGACUAUGUUAUUACUCUUUAUGAUAAUCUAAUUUUAAGUUCCUAUCCAUGAAUAGUUUUUAAUUUAGUCCCAUUUCAAAUUUUGUCUGACUGUACAUGUGUCCAUUCAUUAAUCUUCAAAAUAUUAAGUUACAAAUUUUCAUCUUUCAUACUUAUUAAGGAGAAAAUGUUUUCAACCAUAUGCAGAGCUAGACCAUUUAUUGUCACAUUUUACUGAAUUUGACAUCUUCUCAGGGAUAUAUAGGAUUCAAAUUUUCAUCUAGUUUAGUCUAGCUGUGCUCUCUGAGAAAUAUGAAUAUUGAGUGAAAUUAAGUACAAUUUUCUUUCUUGUUAUUCUUUUGGAACUCUCAACUUGGAUCAGUAAAAUGUCAUUCAAUACUCAAAUAAUUACUUAAUGCUGUUGAAUUAUUCUGUUCAACUGUUAAAGUCAUCAGACUUCACCCUAGUUAGUGUAUUAAGAUUGUUUGUGUAAAUUAUAUUGUAAGGAAGAUUUAUUACUUUUUAAUAAAGGUGUCCUAAAAGUCUA